GCGGGCCGGGGCGCUACCUGUUGUCUAGGCGGCCGGACCGAGCGCAACCCGCGAGAGCGGGCUGUGGAGCCGAGUCAGCAGAGAACCGUCCCUUGGCCCGCUGCUGCUGCUAUGUUCCAGGGGCCGGAGGCCGAAUCCGCCAAGCCCAGCUCUAGAGUAUUGAAACCCCCUGGAGGAGGCUCUAGUAAUCUGUUUGGGAGCACAGAAGAAGUUUCCUCUUCCAGCAGACCACACAGAAUGGCAUCUAGCAUCUUUGGAGCAGCUGAGGAACCUCAGAACUUUCCAAAAAGAACAAACCCUCCAGGGGGGAAAGGAAGUGGUAUCUUUGAGGAUCCUAGCCCUGUCCAGUCUCGUCAACGCAUGAAUCCGCCUGGUGGGAAGACAAGUGAUAUCUUUGGGUCUCCAGUACCUGCCAGCCCUGUUCGAGCACACCCAAACAAACCCAAGGAUCACAUUGUCUUACAAGAGGCAGGAGAUGCAUCAAAGGAACUGAAAGCUACAGAAAACAAACCACAGAUGGAAGACAGAAGCGAGAAGAGAGAUCUUGGGAAAGAAGAGCCAGGCCCCAAGAUAGAUGAUCAUGAACCCAGACUGGGGCCAAGGCCACGGUCACACAACAAAGUCCUCAAUCCCCCUGGUGGCAAAUCCAGCAUUGCAUUUUAUUAGGAACGUUCACUUUCACUAAUGGAGUCAGCACAGAAACUUUAUCUAUGAGUUUUCUGUUUUCAGACACUUGUAUGGGGACAGAUGUUUUAGGCAGGAGGAUGGGGGCUUUAGUGACUCAUCUAAUCCAAAUGGAGGACAUCUUGAUGUUAAGACUUCUGUAAAACCUGUUAGUUAUGGUGCUUAUGGAAAUAACUGAAGACUCUUAUGUGCUAGACAGCACAGGAUUCAGCGGGACAGUAGCUUAGAUAGGUGCAAGAGGAGUGUCCCUUUGUGGUGGGCAAUUAAAAAAAAAAUACUCUUAAGCUUGCAGCCAUUUAGUAGCUCAGACUCUUGGACCUAAGCAUUUAGGUACAGUCAGCAUGGUGAAAUUUCAUCCCAGUGGAUGGGGACUCGAGUGCCAGGCCUGGCACCCAUCUAACUGAACCUAACAAGAACUGAUGCUCUUCCCCUGGGCAGUGUAUCCUAACCUCAAGAAGCUAAAAAUGGAUCUGCAACCACUUUAAUAUAAACAUACUCCAUCCUAAGCGGUGUUGCUGGGUUCUGAAGAGUUCUGCUUAGUGCUUGGCCAUAAGAAGAGGCUUCCUCCCCAGGUUUAUUAUUUUAAAACUCUCAUUAUUCUGUGGCAAUCUCGCAAGCCAUCAAGUUGUGUAAACUUUCGGAGCACUUCAGUAAUAGUCUGUGCUGAUACAUAUUAGCUCUUGAUAAAGGAAAAAUUGUAGUCUAGUGUUCUGUCUCAUCCAGGCACUCCUGGAAAGAUCUUAUUUCACUGAUGUCAUGCAAGGGUGCCUCCAGCCUUCCUGGUAGGGAGGGCAGUGAUUUGGGCACGCAGAGUUACAUCUAUUGAAAGAACUCUGACAAACUACAGCAGUGUAUAAUUAGAUUCUGGAAACUGUCCCAGGAGAUCUCUAGUGAGCCAGUGUCCCAUCACCAGCCUCUAAAAGCCUUCAUGUAAUGAUGCUUUAGCUUCUGCAGGGUUUUUUUUCUCCCUCUGUCUUGGAGAAAUAAUGAACUGUUCUGCUUGUAUCCUCCAGUAGCUUUGUUUUUUGUUUCUGUACUGACUCUGUUAGUGAAACCUCUGUUUUGUUAGCUGUGGGUUGCCUUUGACUGCCUCAGUUAUUCUUUGGUAGUGUGGACAAUCCAAGUUGCUCAUCCACACAUACUCUUGUAGCUAUCUUAAGACUGUUAGUCCCUGUUCAUCCUCUUGGGCCAGUCUAGGGAGCACUGCAAUACUCUUCUGGCACAGUGGCUGUUUUGAAUUAUGUUUGCAAGAAUGUGCAUUGUUUUCUCCAAUUAGCUAUGUGGGGUUGGGGGAGGGCUCUCAAAUUUCAGUUGUUAAUUCUGACUGGACUUUCCUCAAAUGUAUCUGAAAUAUCAGUAUUUGAUAACAUUAGGUGCUUCGAUUGUUGGCCACUUGUAAUAGUAAUUUUUUUAAACUACCUAACUCAUUACAUACAGGAGUUAUUCAGGUACAGAGACCAAGUGGCCUUAUCUACACAAUGGCUCCACAUAUCAGUAGCUGUUCUAGCCCAGGUUCACUGAAAACUAUUUCUGUGACAAACUAUUCAGAAGAGUUGUCUCUUAGCUAAGUGCUACACCAGCUUAGAGGUCAUAAUGAUUAUUAAAGUGUCAAACAAAGAUGAAUGACUAACUGUACCACAAAGACUUGCAGCUGCCUUUUAACUUACGAAAGUGAAAAUCCCCUUUUUGUAGGGUGGAAGUGACAGGAAUCUUAAUGCUUCCUGUACCUCUUCCACAGGAGACUUGGCGCUCCUGCUGUUGGCCCCCUCCAGCUGUAAGAGGAUGCUGAUCAGUAUUGAGGGAGUGUGAGCCCAAUACGUCUGUUUUUAGAUUCAUAUUCCCCUAAUAUAGCAGUUUCCUAGUUGCUAUUCCUAUUUUGCUUAUUUGAUCAAGUCUGUAACAGCUCCCCUGUCCCCUUCUGCCUUGUUAGUGUUUAACUUCACUUUCCAGUAUGAGCUAGGCUUUUCAAACGGUUAGCAGGUAGGAAAGACCAACCAGUCUGCUCUUCUGCCUUCAGCUUUUGUAUUGAAGGGUUUGUCUGUGGGCAAGUCAGUGAGCUUAGACUCAAAGCUUGAUAUCUUAUAGACUAACUGGAGCUGAAAUACUGAGAGAUGCAGUUGUACAGUGCCUGUGUUUUAAACAGCAGUUUCCAGCUAAGUCUUAAACUACUAUGGAUUUCUGUCUGCAUGUGUUUGGCUAACAUUUCCCUUACUGGCAUACACCCUGUGCUCAGUGUUUCAGUGUUUCAAGUUUGAUAAGGACACAUCUUUUUCUUUUUCUUUUAGGAAGAGGAGUGGAACUUGUAUUAAUGGUUAAAUCAUGGACUUCUUAAUAAACCACAGUAUUUUGUUACUUCA